CUAACUUGAUUUUGAAAUAGAAAAAUUAUGAUUAAAUAUGAUAGGAUUAAUCACAUAAUUAAUUUUUUUUAAUUUUUUGAAAAACAAUAGUUUUAAUUUUUCUUCGGUACAUAUUAAAGUAUAACAAAUUUAACUUGACAGGAAUAAACAAUUAUGAAUCACUUUACAAUAUUAUGCUUGAAACAAUCUACAACCUUAAAUAAAUAUUGGUUGGAAAAAUAUUUGAAACAAUAUUUAAUUUAUCAUGCAAAAAUAUAUUCUACUGGAAUUACUAAUCAUUAUAAAAAUUAUAUUAAAAAGGAAAAUAUUACUAGAAAAAAACAUAAUGUUUCAAGAACAAUGCUUCAAGGUAUCAAACAGACUAAACGAAAAGUAGAAAUAAUUAUUGAGAAAGAAAAUAUUUGGACAGUACCAAAUUUUCUUUGUAUGGGUCGAAUCUUAACAUCACCAUAUUUAAGUUAUUUAAUUUUAUCACAAGAUUAUCAGAUAGCAUUGUGGUUAUUAGUAUUUGCAGGAUUUAGUGACCUAGCUGAUGGAUGGAUUGCACGUACAUGGUCAUCACAAGCUUCUAAGCUUGGUACUUUUCUAGAUCCAGUUGCAGAUAAAUUACUUGUAGGUACACUAUUCCUAUCUUUGGCUUGGGUAGGAUUGGUUCCUAUUCCUUUAACAUGUCUUGUUAUUACACGAGAUAUUGUCUUGAUAUCUGCUGCUUCAUACAUAAGAUAUAAAUCUUUACCUUCUCCAAAAACUUUUGCAAGAUAUUUUAAUCCUACAUAUGCAACAGCACAAUUAGCUCCAACAUCCAUAAGUAAAAUCAAUACUGCUAUUCAAUUAUCUUUUAUUGGUGGAACAUUGGCUGCACCUGUAUUUCAUUUUGUAAAUCAUCCAAUUUUAAUAGCUUCCUGUUACAUAACAGCAUUAACGACAUUAGCAGGAGGUUUAAGUUAUUUAAUAUCAAAAAAUACAUAUAAAUUUUUAAGAAAAAAAACUUCAUCGAAAACAUCUUUUUAAGCAUAUAUGUUAAUGAUCACAACAAUAAACUAAUGUAUAUAAAUUUAUUUACUUUAUUUAAAUAUUUAAGUAUUUAUUUCAUACUUAUUACAUAAAUAAAAUUAAUAAAAAAAUAUUCUUACUUUAUAAUUAUCUGAUAAAAAAAAAGAUAUUAGUUCCUAUUUACAUCAUACAUUUCAUAUGCAAAAUUUUCAGAAAUAUUUGUAUUAUAACAAACUCCAAUAUAAUCAAUUUCUAAUUUAAAAGAACCUGGUAUUUUAUCAGCAAUUGUAAUACCAAAAUUUGUAACAGUACUUUCAAGUAAACGAUAUUGAUUUUCA